CUUCUGACUGCUAGAGCAGUGGCAGUGUUGAUAGUGAGGCCCUGCUAUUGUCAGUCAUAUCCACAUGGCGACAGAUCCGCUUUCUGAUCUUCGAAUCGCAUCAUGCAGGGGGGUUGAGGUGGAUGAUUCAGAGGUCAAACGGCAGACGAAUUGCGCCUCUGGUUUCAAUGACAAGUGCCAGUUCGCAAGUGGUGGAUCUAUUUUCAACUUCCAUGACUCCGCACAUGUUGAGAUCACCAUCACAAGUCAUGUUCAUUUUCAUGGGCGGCCUCACCCUUCUCCCAGUGUUCCCGCUGGUGAUUGUCGGGAUUCUUCUCCUUCAGACUGUCGGGAUCAUCGAAUCAAAGACAAGUCCAAAAAGAAACACAAACGGCGAAAGGCCAAGAAGUUCGACAAGGGUGAGUUUGAUUCCCCUGCCUCUGACAGUGAUCGUGGUGGUGAUCAUGGUGGUAGUGAUGACCGCAAAAGAACAAGGGUGCAUGUGAAAUCAGGAGGGGGAACGAAAACCCCGGAUCGCCGAGUCAGUCCAUGUGGCCGCUCUGCUGGUGAAGCACCUUGCCUACAGUGUGAAGACACUCAGGGAAUGGCAAACCAGGAGAGCCCACCUUCUUUGGGCAAAGCAAUUACCAUGCAACCAGGCUGGGAUGCAUGUGUGAGGGCAGCCUGUAGGGAGACGCAAAAUGAAAGCUGGCCGUCUGAUGGCUUAGAGUCACAGGUAAGGGGAUUGGUCAAAGGCUUUGUUGAUUCAAUCUUUGCGGCGCACAGCCACCGCACCAAUCAUUGUGACUCGUGACCCGCAGACCUACAUAGGCUUAGUGGCAGCUGGCUGGAGGACAUUGCUGCACGCUGGGUGUGAAUGUGGGAUCUCGCACUUGUGAGUGGCAAUUUGAAUAGCCUCAGCCUUAUGCCCCUUGCUGCCCAAAGGGUUCUUAGUUCCAAAAGACUUCUGGUCGUAGCUUAGCUAGCUUGGUACUGCCUGAUACAAUUACAAGAUCUGCAGUGCAGCGCUGCUUGUACAGUAAAGAAGCUUAGAAUCAGAAGCUUUGCGCACGCUUAGGCCUAGGCUCCUGAGUCUAGGCAAUCCAACAGCCAAAGAGUGUUCGAAUGUUGGAAGCUGCAAGAGCUGGCAAUA